AUGCCCGAGGCUCAAGGUGCGAGUCGUUUGCUCUACCCGCAGAAAGCUGCCCUGGGUGCACUGAAGCUGAUCGAGUCAUUUGCUCACCGGCAGUGUCUCUCUGCCUCGAACCCCAAAAUCGAUAUCGGCCGAUCCUCCCAGCGUGAGGGAAAGCAACGGACACCAACCUCUGAGAACGGAUGGUUCGACUCGCGAGUGGUGUCCCGUGACCAUGCAGUGGUGGCCCUAGGAGAGAAGACGAUCAUCGUUCGCGAUUGUGGAUCUACCCACGGAACCUGGUUGAAUGACACCAGGCUGGCUGUCGGUAAAGACACCCCGUUAUCGAGUGGAGACAUAUUGAGAUUCGGCGUUGAUGUAGAUCGUGGUGAUGAGCAUUUUCCGGCUCUGAGUGUCCGCUGCGAUGUGGCCUGGGUCCUUCCCGAGUCUGGCACUGGCACACAUAACCCAAAGAUUGAAGAAUCGAAGGCAGACCGGACUCCUCAUUCAGACAAGACCAAGUCGGAGCUAACGUCGAUUUCAUCGAUUUCGGUAUCUGCCAUGACAUCGACUAACACUUUCUGCGUCCCCGAUGACCUGGAUGACGAGAACGAUGAGGAAGACGGCAGCAAAGUGGCAGGUGACAGUAUGAGUGAGACCUCCCGUCUCGGUGGGAGAGACGGUGUUCCGGCCACUAUUUGCACCUCAAUCUUCCAGACGGAUGACGAAGACGAAAAAAAUGUAAAGUCUCACUCGUCAUAUUCCGAAUCCACAAGCUCCGUCUCGGAGGAUGCGCUUUCCCCAUCCAUUCGCUUCCCAGAUUCCUUUUCUGCAGCUCAGUAUGCACGAAACUGCAAGCUUAGCGCCCAACAGAAAGCGGACGCGCAUACGGACGCUGACCAUUUCCAUCAGCUCAACGAUAACCGAGACGGAGAAACUCAUCGUCAACAGGAAAAUGAAUCACAUCCGGUUGACGAUUCGGUCUGGAAAGACAGUGAUUCCUCUGCUGACUUUGAUGGAACGGAGUCCUCCGUGAGCUCUCCUUCGAGCUCGGUAGACGGGAAAUCCUUGAUUGAUUACUCGGAAUGCGAGGAUGGCGAUUCGAUGGACGACUACGAUAGCGACCACUCUUCUUUGAUUGAUUACCUAAAGCGCAACCCCCUGGCGAGCCGAAACGACAACGAGUGGGGUUGUGUUGAUCCAGCCGUAUUGACUCGUGAUGCCACAUUGGCCCAGAACCCUCUGAAGGAAGCUCCUCACACUAUCCCUUUCGGUGGAUCGAUCGCUCAGCCUGCCACGGAGUCAGACCUCUCUGGUCACAUGAACACGUCCAAAAUCGAUUCAUAUGUGUUUCCAAACCCGAACUUGGUCCUCACUCCCGUGACCCCUAAGCUGGAGUACAAACGUGAUGACGAGGAUGGCUCGCAGCAUUUCGGACGUCUGAGUAUUGACGACGUACAGACUGCUUACCAAGAUGGCCCAUUCGCCAGCCCCCAGCGACCAGCUUCGAAUCAGGAUCCUGCGGACGCGGAUCCGAAGACUGUUUGCUCCUGCAGAACGUCACAGAAACGGAAGGCAUGCGAGAUGGAGCUGAAAGCAGGCGAGGACUCCGAGCCCACGGUCUUGUCUAUCGAGAAGCAAGUCCUGGCAUCCACCUCUCCGUCUCAGGUGGCCGAAGCUAUUACUUCUGCUUUGUCGGAGACUGCUAUCAGCCCGCCUCCAUCGAAAAGGGUCAAGGCUCACCACGAGCCAUCAGCUCAUCACGUUGGUACCUACGCCGCUACUGCUAUUAUAAGCGCUUUGCUUGGGGGCCUGGGUACGAUUGCUCUGCUCGCCUCGCUCCCUGCGGAGUAUUUUCAGUAG